UCCCACCAGUAUGCUAGAUGAGAGCUCUUCAAUGACAUGUGCUUGACUAUGAGAAAAGCAGAUCUCCUGAAAUUAUUAACAGCAAUAAUUAUCAUGUUCAUUAUAAGUUUGCCUGAAUUUUUCAAAACCCAUGAAGCAAACACUGUAAUUAUAUCAUGCAUGGAUGCUUGUUCAUUAAGUAAUGUCACCUUUCCACUCUGUGCUUAUAACAUUUCUUCCAAAUGCCUGCAACAAAGAAGUCAAAAACAGAAUGUUUUUUGGAAGAUCUUUGUAAAUUACUCUGAUUUUCAAAAUACUCCAAGUAUUUCUCAAGUUUCUGGGCGUGGACUGCAACAAUGUAUUUUAAACUCAGCCUGUGAAUCCAAGGAAGAUAUGAAUGUUGUUCAUCAAGGACCAAGAUCAGAAGCUCCAAACACGAGAGGAUCAUUAGAAAGGAAAGCAAAAAAUUUUAUUUCUUUCCAUAAAUAUUUCAAUUUCACUGUGGGUUAUAUGAAUGACGAAAGUGAGGAAUAUAACAUUUACUAUAUACUGGAAGUCCACAUUAGAAAUUCUACAACCAGCAGAGGAAACAUUACGGAAGAAAACGUAAAUCACUCAUGCAUAACAGCAAUGAUGGAAGACCAAAACAGCUGUAUAAAUAUUUCACUGCAACUUCAGACAUAUGUGGAAAAUCCUAUGGGUAUGCCAAAAAUCAUUUGGCUUGUUCUGAUUGCAUUUGUUUUUGUGCUUACGAUCACUGUUGUUACCUACAAAGUAUUCCAAGAAAAUAAAAAACAAAAGGGUAGGAAAUAUAGAGCAACAGCAGCUUCCAUUCUCCAACAAAACGACUGCAAACACCCAACAGAAUCCACAGCUACUAAAAGUAUUCAGCACCUUUCAGAAACCAAACAGCGAAAACCUGCACCUAUCAUACAAACAGAGAUAUUACCCGCAAUUCCUGAACAUGAGCAUUCUCAGCAGGUGUAAGAGAACACUAACAAUCUAGCUGCAGAGGGCCUGAAAUCAACAGGAGUCUUUCAAUUGUCGUCAGGGGACUUUGGAUCAGACCCCUCCUGCCUUACGAGAAAGCAUUGAUGUUCCAUUAUUAAAAGCUCGGAAUAAGAACAUUAAUAGAAUACACAACUAUCAAUAAAGUGAAUUAAAGUAGCCUCGAGUAUACUCAUGCUUCAGUUUUUGUGAUUGUUUUUUAAAAUCACAUCUUCCUAUUAAAAAUAUUUUUCCUUGCUUCUGAGUAAGAGACUCACUCAGCAGGAGAAAAUUACUAAUUGUACAGGUGCAACAGUGCAGCUGACAAAUAUAAAAACGAAAUAUGCUGGUAAUAGGCGAGGAGACCAAAAUAACGUUUAGUGUCUGUUUUAGGAAUCUUAAAUGUUUAUUUGUAAAAAAUAGGCAAAAUAUCCAGACAAAAAUAUGAUUUUUAAGUUGAUGGGGUCCCUUUGAUUUUCCUUGAAGUAUAAAAUGCCAAUUAUAUAAAAUGUGUAUCCUAGGGUACUGCAUUGCUGAAUUGGUAUACUACUAUGGUUAAAUGGUAAGGGUGAGCUGGUUGGACUGAACGUAGAGACUUUUAAUAUCUAUACACUGGAGAUAUGCCAAUUAAUAAAAUUUUCAGUUUGUUGUCCUCAAUCCCUGUAUACAGCUCUCUGGACACUGAUUCAUCUCAGCAUAUGGCCCCAAAUAUUAUAAUGAAUGCAUUACAGGCAAAUCAGUUACAGAUUUAUUUUCUAAAUAUCAGAGCGGUAUAGUUAUUUUCUGCCCUUUCUGCCUCAUUAUAUAUUUAAUAUUUAAAUUAAGUUUUUAAACCCAUUAUGUCUGUUAGUGUAAUGUGGCUUGUAGUGUCACAGAUUGCUGAGUAUGUUUCAGAACAUUUGGCACAAGCUGCUUUUGCUUAAAAAACACACAACAUGAUGUACUCUUCGGCCCCCUCCCCCAGUCUUAGAAUCCAUCAGAGAUUCAGAAGCUGUUAAAAGAAGGAUUUGGUCUUUAGAUUGCUUUGGCUGCAGGACUGCCUGAUUUGGCUGCAAUGGGCAAUAAGAAAUUGCUCUUUCCAUUGGCUGGCACCAAUUUUUGAUGCAUUCUGACCAGCUUAUAGUUGUAAUUUAUGGCUCACUUCAGCAGCUGCUUCAGCCAAUGUGAAUUCCUGUCCUCAGAAACUCCUUUUACCCAAAGCUCCUAUGGGGUAAUGUGAAUGAAACACAAGGUUCAAUUAACCUGAGUAACUGCCAGAACAGGAGGCAUGUCAUCUUUUGCUUUGUCACCCAAGAAGGGAAUAUUGGCUGCAGAAUUCUUGACUCUCCUUUUUGACCAUCAUGCAGAUGGCUCAGCGCAUUUAGUUCUGGACAUUGUCAGAGUUUGAUGUUGCUUAGGUAUGGGGUUCUCCUUUGCCCCAUUAGAGAUAAAGACUAGCUAUAGGGUUGCCAAUUUUCCCGACUGGGUCCCAUUCACAGCAAAGGCAUCUGAUCCAUCCAGUCAAGGAAUGUUGGCAACUCUUAACUAGCUAUGAAGUCUGGAACAUUUUCUGCAGCUCAGCUUCCCACAGUCUGGCUCUCACUCAUUGACUAGCAGACAGACCUUCUUUCAUAUGCAAAUGAGGAAAUGGUUGGCCUCAUUUAAAUAUUGACAAAUGUGACCCUUGGUAUGCUGGCACAUUAGAUGAAGAUGAGAUUUAAUUCCUCCUUCAAUCUCUUAAUUGCUGCUUUUUUCUUCUCACUAGUUGAUUUCUUCCUAUUUCCUGUCGUUUCCUUUUUCAAAAGGGUGUCCUCAGUUCUGCACACCUCCUGUAGGCACCUAUUAAUUCUCAAAAGUACCAGCAGCAGUGAAGCACUGAGAAGUUGCCUUGGAAGUCAAGCUGCUAUAGGGUUCACUUAAGUAAAAAAGAACAAAAAACCAAACCACAAUGGAACAGACACACAGAAAUCUAUUUUUAAUUAUUUGGUGAAGGAAAUUUUCAUGUGCAGAAUCUUGGUAGUUAGGAAAGAACAGUUAGGGACUGGUCUGUUGAUAGGUAGUGACUACUCUACCCCCUUUACAUUGGAAAACCUGAGCUAUCGGGGCUUCAGAAUUCCCUGGAAGUUGAAUUUGCUCCUGUCUGAAGCAUAGCCUUCAUUUUGAGUGUUUGUUCAUUUGAAUUUUUUUCUUGUAAGAUGAAGAGGAAAAUUCAAUACAAUGAAAGUUAGAAAAAACUACAUUUAUGAAAUAGUUUGCGAGGGGAUCCACUAAACUUAAAGUAAAUAAGAAAUAGCUCUCCUUUUUCACCCUCAUUCUUUUUAUCUGAUAAGUUCUUCAGUUUCAGGCAUUCCAGUAUGUAACAUAAUCGAUGCUCCAUGAACAAAGACCUCUUCAUUUCCAAUACAUCUUUUCUGGCUAUGAUAGGCACCUUUUAUUCCUAAGAAUGCCAAGAACUUCAGUUAACAGGAUUUUGUAUUAAUCAAGUCCAUGCUAUUAAAAUAUGAACAGAUUAACUGAUAUACUGCUGUAGCAUCAAACUCAGUGCGAGGCUAUAGAUUUUAUAUAUAUUCUGGGUUCAAUCAGGAUUUAUACUUACUCACAAAGUUGGGAGAUUACAGGCAGUCCCCGGGUUACGUACA